UUUUCUCACCUUGCCUCCUUUUCUUCCACAUUCUUGGAAAAGGUGUAAAAUUUGAUCUUCACUAAACAGAAGAGGACCCAAUAUGGAUCCUUGAGGGGGACCCCCAGUUUAGAUCAAAUUUCUAGGGUCACAAAUCACAGAUUUGGCCUUCAGAAUUCAAUUUGUCUUAAAUCAUUAAAAUGAUAACUAGUUUACUAGUUUAUAGGUGACUAUUUUAAUCAAUCUUGUAUUUUAUAGGUUAAUGUAGGCUAUUUGUUCUGCAGAAGGGGUUACAGUAGUGUAAACUAUUUGUUUUCAAAAGUGGACUGGCGGUGGUCUGCUUUUCAGGACUGACAAAUGUGGUCAGUAAGGAAAUCUAAGAAAUAAAAAUAAAAAAAAAUUAAGAAAAUGUAAGCCUACUUUAAAAAAAAAAAAGAAAAAAAGGAACAAGUGUUCUCAAUUGACCAUCAUUUUUGUGUUAUACAAGAUGAUUUGUAUAGAGAUCUUGGCCUGGCAGAUGGCCAAGCUAAUUUUAGACAAAACGUCAAGCAAUCCUGUCACUUCUAAGGCCGCACAGUUGUCUGACAGAUUUGUAAAGGUAAGUCACUUUUAGUUUUACUGAAAAACCUAGGAGUGAUGGCAAACAAAGGCGAAGGCCAUCAUGUCAGACUGUUCAUCUCUUCCUUGUUGGUUGUAAUUUCACUGCGUGUCUACUCGUGUAUUUACGGUAGAACCUUCCGCCACACGGAAGAAAAGGUUCCAGCUAGCUAGAAAUAGGGAUGUAAAAUUUUCUAGUGCGUCGGUCCUUUUAUCAAUUUUUAAAAGAAUCACUGCGUGGAAGGACCCAUUUAUUAUUUUUCCUCGUAUAUUACUUUGCAUUAAUUAACAUGGCGACGUGCAUUCCCUUUCAAACCCAGUUAUCCUCAAUAAUGGAGGUUUUGGUUAAAGCAGCAGUGGCAGAGAUAUCCAAACUAGUCGAUGACAAAUGUGCGUUUUUGCAUCUUGAAAUAUCCCGAAAGCAAAGCGAGAAUGAGAUGCUGAAAAGGAAAUUACUAAUGAUGGAGAACAAGAAUGCACAGCUGCAGCGCGGGUUUGAAAACUACAUGGACCGAGGAACUGAUGUGGGGAGCAACUGUCCGCAUCCCACAGGCGAUAUAAAGUUUCCUGAGAUUGAAGAUGCCACUGUUUCAUUCACAAUUAAAGAAGAGAGUCCAGAUGAGACGCUGUGGAUCAGUGAUUCUGCUGGGCCGAUUGGUUCUGCUGUACAGUAUCCUAAUCCAGCUACUGCUCCAGAGAGCCAGCAGCUUGAAGAGGACCAUCCGUUAAACCAUUCAGAGGUCGCCGGGCAAAAACCUUCAGAGUUCGGUGACUUGUAUAACUCUGGCCAGCUUGCAGGAGACAUCAGUAGCCUUCAGUUUACCGUCAAGAUGGAGAAGGAAGAGAACCGAUCACGAUUCAGUCAGGAUGGAUGUCAGCACAGCGCAGGGAAGCAGACUCAACUUGCUGCUGACUUUUCCAUGGAUGAAAGAGAGAAUCAACUCUGGUCAUCCAUAAUUGAAGGUAAUGACAUUGAUGCUGAUUUUCCUGACUUUUCUAGCGUGGUAGAGGAGUAUUCCAACACAUUCCCAGACCAUUCUGAUGCUCACGUGGGUUCUAACACUAUCAAGUCGGCUAGUGUCCAGCAGUUGUCCUCUCAGAGGCAGUGUAAUGGGAUCUACAGCAGUGAGUAUCAGAAGGAUGUUCCACAGUCGUCCAGUUUUCAACCCAGACCUCAGGGUAACCUGUCACAGCAAGACAGGCAGAAAGAACAAAUUUACGCGCAGAGAAACCCCUCGCAUGUUGCACAUCCGAGGCAGCCAGAUGAACACCCUGAGACGGAGGCUGCAGCUGGAGAUAGACCUCCCUCGCACAACACUUUCACGCCAGGCAGCUUCGCCCCUCACACCCACCACAAACCUCUCUCUGGCAUGGCGCGGGGCUACGUUUGCUCGCAGUGCGGAAAGACGUUCGGCCGUCUGCACCAGUUCAAGCUGCACCAGCAAAGUCACAAGAGAAAGCGAGCGUUCUGGUGCACGGUGUGCGGGAAGAACUUCCAGUGUUCAUCCCACCUCAGCAUACACCACCGGACACACACGGGCGAGAAGCCGUACGGUUGCGGACAGUGUGGGAAGAGGUUCACGCAGCAGAGCAGUCUCAGGGUCCACCAGCGCACACACAGCGGGGAGCGGCCCUACAGCUGCUCGCUGUGCGGGAAAACCUUCAUCCUGAUGCACCAUUUGAAGCGGCACAGAAUCAUUCACACAUACAGCUGAGGUGGAGGUGUCUAAAGGGAUGUUGCUCAGGUGAAAAGACACAAAUGACCCUCAAAACCAAAUCAAAAAGCCAGUGAGUGGCAGCUUUUUUGUUUGGGAUUUGUAACCUUGUGGCGUUGCUCACGGACUUUGUACAUUAAUGCAUAUUUUACUAUGCAAAAUCCAUCCAAUUUUAAUAUGUUUGCUUCUUUUUUAAAAUACUUGUCUUAUAAUUAUUAAAACCUAAAACUGAAUUGCACCCUCAAACAGAAUUCACACAAGUCAGUAUUUUAAGACCACCUCCAAAGCUAGAAAUCCAAAAAACAAUGUCUAAAAAGUGGAGUCAUUAAAAAAAGAUCCUGCAGAUUUCCCCUUACAGUUACCUGCAUACUGAUCUUCACUCAGUUUGUUUUAGCUUCUCAUGUAGAAAUAUGCCUUACUUCAUCUCAGCACUGAAGCUGUAGAAGCACAAGCUUAUUAUCCCCAUAAACUCUCCCCUUUACAGUCACAAGAGGGCUUUCCAUUCAGAGCCAGUGAAGCACCUCUCAGGUUUAUGUUUUAUGUCAACAUUGUUAAAAAGCCUGCCUGACUAUUGCUCCGAGUUGAAUUUUUCCAUAAAACAUAUCCCCAAAAUCCUUUUGCCAUUUGUUAUGAUUUAUAUUAAAGGAUCAUUAAAAUCA